CACACGCACCUGUGCUUAGCAUAUUGCAUUGUACAGAGCACAAAUACACAAAAGGGAGGAGAAAGCUAAAUUCAAACAAAAUGGCCAGCUCCUCUUACUUCCUUAUGUCAGCUCUUCUAGCACUGCUGUCCUCUCAGGUCAUUGCUUCUGAUCCGAGCCCGCUCCAGGACUUCUGUGUCGCCGACCUGUACUCUCCUGUGAAGGUGAAUGGAUUCGUGUGCAAGGACCCCAUGGCUGUUAGUGCAGAUGACUUCUUCAAGGCAGCCAACCUUGACAAGCCUAGAGACACCAUGAAGAGCAAGGUGGGCUCUAAUGUCACUUUGAUCAAUGUCAUGCAGCUCCCUGGCCUCAACACUCUUGGCAUCUCUUUGGCCCGCAUCGAUUAUGCUCCCAUGGGUGAGAACCCACCGCACACCCACCCACGUGCCACUGAGAUCCUCACGGUGCUUGAGGGGACCCUGUACGUUGGGUUUGUCACCUCCAACCCAAACAAACUCUUCGCCAAGGUUCUCAACAAGGGUGAUGUAUUUGUAUUCCCUGAAGGGCUCAUCCAUUUCCAAUUCAACCCCAUCCACGACAAGCCAGCAGUUGCUAUUGCUGCGCUCAGCAGCCAAAACCCUGGGGUCAUUACCAUCGCCAACGCGGUAUUUGGAUCAAAGCCACCAAUCUCUGAUGAUGUUUUGGCCAAGGCAUUCCAAGUGGAGAAGGGGACAAUCGAUUGGCUCCAGGCUCAGUUCUGGGAGGACAACCACUACUAAAAACUACAACAUGUGAGAUGAUGCAUAUCUUGAAUCUCCAGGAAAUGCAUGUGUUUAAUCUUUAUGUAACAAACAAUAAAAGCAAAUGGUGUGUAUCGAGUUCUGUACCAAGUUUGUUUAAGGCCCUCAAAUCACUUCGAAAAUUAGAGUUCCUAUCAAAAUAAUGUUGUAUGAUAUGAUGUACUAAUGAGUUUUCCUUUACAUGAAUAAAGUGGUAAGUUGCAUGAAGUUAUGACAGAAA